UUUUCUUCUAGACUUCUCCUUGGUUUUCUUUCCUCCAAGACUCUGAGCAGGAUGAAAUCGGAUCUCCUCACCCUGACCUUAUGCCUCCUCUGUACAGCCAUGCUGUGCAGAGGGCAGACGGCCACACCUGCUCCUGGAACGAAACCACCUACACCCAGUACAGGGCCAACUACGAAAUCAACUACACCCAGUACAGGGCCAGCUACAACCCUUCCAGGAUCUACCACGCCUGGUCCGGGCUCGACAACACCCACUCCAGAUCCAGGAUCUAGCACGACUCCAUCAACGGCUGGACCUACGCCACCAAAAGAGACUAGCCCCGCCACUGAGGGUAAAGGGCCGGAGGGAUCCGAGGGGCUCUCAGACGGAGCCAUCGCGGGCAUCACAAUCGGUUCUAUUGCCGGUGUGGCUGCUAUCGGCGGUGGGAUCUUUGGAGUCCUCAGGUAUACUGGGAGAGUGUGAGAAGUUAAGACUGCUGCAUCACUUCUCAUUUUCUAUUAAUUAUUUGCUAAUAAGAGAAAAAAAUGAAUUCCAUUUAUACAGGAUGUGUUCAGGACAUUUAUUUGCACUUGUACAUUUGAAUUAA